UAGAAGAUGAGGCAAGAUGGCGACUAAAAUAAGCAAAGAGGGUCCACCUCCUUUUGAUUGUCCAUCAUGGGCAGGCAAGCCGCCCCCGGGGCUCCAUCUAGACGUGAUGAAGGGAGACAAAUUGAUGGAGAAACUGAUCAUAGAUGAAAAGAAGUACUACCUGUUUGGGAGGAACCCUGACUGCUGUGACUUCACCAUUGACCAUCAGUCAUGCUCUCGUGUCCAUGCUGCCCUGGUCUACCACAAGCACCUGAAAAGGCUCUUUCUCAUAGACCUCAACAGCACACAUGGUACUUUCCUCGGACACAUCCGUCUGGAGGCACACAAGCCUCAGCAGGUUCCCAUAGACUCAACAAUAUCUUUUGGGGCCUCAACGCGGACUUACACCAUCAGAGAGAAACCGCAAACCCAAGGCACCGCUGGCACAGGAGACAGUAAGAUGGGAGAGGAUGAGGAGCUGAAAGGACUGCUUGGACUUCCAGAGGAAGAGACAGAGCUGGAGAACCUGACAGAGUUCAACACAGCUCACAACAAGCGCAUCUCCCUACUAACUAUUGAGGAGGGCAACCUGGAAAUCCAGAGGCCUAAGAGGAAAAGGAGGAACUCCAGGGUUACCUUCAACGAGGAGGACUCUAUUAUUAACCCAGAGGAUAUAGACCCCUCGGUUGGACGUUUUAGAAAUAUGGUGCAGACUGCUGUCAUCCCCAUCAAGAAACGCAGAUCAGAGGGCCAAAACACUCUGGGUCUCGACGAUCUGACUUCAAAACGCAUCCACGGCUACAGCUUGGGCGGUGGUCUCUAUGGCGACUUGCCUCCCACCAGUCAUGAGAACCAGCCGACAGGAGCACCAGGAGGUGCCGCUAUGCAGGGAGGACUUCCUCUGCCCUUCCCCAAUCCAGCACCAGAGGUGGACCUGGCCCCAGAGGCUCCCCAGCCCCCUGUCACCCUCAACCCCACCCCCGUCACAGCCCCCUAUCUACCAGAGACCCACAACGAGCCACGCAAAAAGAAGUAUGCCAAAGAAGCUUGGCCGGGCAAGAAACCCACCCCUUCACUACUCAUCUAAUCAGUUUCUUACAGCUGUUGACUCUCAGGUUACCAGCAGAUUCGUCAGGGACUGUGACCUGGCAGAGGUGGAAUCAUUUACUUCUCAAUUAUUUUUUUAUUUGUUGUGUUACUCAUCUUCAUCACAAAAGGCACCACACAGUUUCCCUGUGGUCUGUCACACGAUAUCGUCUACAUCUACAUUACUAAGUCAGCAGCUGAUAAGUCGGCCAUAAAAAAAGCAGAAUCUUGUCCAUUGCUAAGAAAAUGAACAUAAGACUCGGCACUGAGCUGAGUGACAGGCUACAUGGAGAGGAUGGGCCAUUGAGUUACGUUUUUGAUGUGUUGGAUGUAAAGUUUUUUUUUUCUUUUUUCUUUUUCUACUAAACACGUUUCAAAAUUUUUUUCACUCCUGUAGUAUUUUGAUAAUGCUGUUAUUAACAAAUGGCAAAGCAAGUACUUUUAUACAAGAUAUUUUACUGUGAGAAGUCAGGAAAGUCAGUUUCUAACAAAACACAGGGCUGCUUUUUAUUUUGAAAACCUGUUGACGUGUCAUCAAGUGUUUUACUCAAUGGAACUUUCCAAUUACUCGUAUUAGACCAAUAUAACGUCAACUGAAGUGUCAUGGCCACUAGAUGGUGACAUGUGCAUAAAAGUCAUAGAGGCUAGGCAGCAGACUUCCAGCUACCAUUGUUCAUGGUCUGUUGCACCUAACUUAACCGGUCCAAAUUCUGUAUGUGGCAUCCCAUGGAAGUGGUGCCUUAAGCUUUGAGUUAUUAAUUUGGAUUUGUCUGCAGAUAAAAGCCAUAUGUGCUGUCUAAACAUAUUGUUGCUCAUAUUUGUCCUUUGGCCUUUUCAGGAAUAUUGACUUGACUGAAAUGUUUUGUUGGCCAUGUUAGUUUACUGUGUUGGCAGUUACUGGACUGUUUAGUUAGCAGCAGAAGAUAGCAGAAUUGGAAUUGCAACACAGUAACAAAUAUCAACUUUUCCUGCAAAAUAAAACAUUAGUAAAAACAUAAAAGUUUGGAUUUGGUAAGUUUUAACGGUCAUGUAGUAUGAAGUUCAUACAGUAUACUGUUCAUAUUUAGUUUGCUCUGAACUGACGCGAGACGUAAUAACUUUGUCUUUGCACAGUAGCAGAAACACGUAAUUAGCUGUCAAACAUGAUGAACUGGUGGAACAUUUAAAUUGGUGUUCAGAAAGUACUCUGGGUUUGAGACCUAAGGCAGGCAGAUGAGGUGAUUCAUGUUUACAAACUGCACUGGUGACUUUUGUCCUUGUGGCCGUGUGGAUUUUGUAAUCAUAUGACUGUAAAUAAAAAAUGAAUUACUUUUGACUCAACUUUAUAGCGUGAUUUCAGCUGUAAUAAAUAAUGUUGCAUUGCCUCUGCACUGCCUGUAUUCCACAAGUUUAUUGCAUAUUCCUGUGACUAUUCUGGAGGUAAACAUUGACCAGACUCCUAUGUCCGGGUUAUAAAGGAGCUCAAGCGGCACAGACAAGUCCCUUUCAUGACAGUUCAUGUGACUCUUCACCCAGUAGCAACAAACUUUGUUAAUUUUUAGGCACUGUUUAUGGGAAUAAAAAAAGGCAGGUGGCAUGUCAUGGGCUCUAUAGACAUGCACAGAACUGAGAACCACUUCAUAUAUUGGAUAUUACAUUUACAAAUGAAGACAGGGAAACGUUUUUGAAACAUGUAUUUAAAACUGAUUUGGUACAAAUGUUCUACCACAAUAUUCUGUAGGUCUUCUUCCUGUUUUAUUAUAAAGUGCAAGCAAGUCUCAUUAAAAACUCCUCCAGUGUGACAAAAUGAUCAUAAAC